AUGUCUUCCAGAUACCUGCUUCGAGAACCUCCCAGUGGUAGUCCCAGAUAUGAGCUUCGCGAACGCGCCUCUAGUUCUGCCGAACCGACACACCAGCCUCCCGAAGUGAUUUCAGACACUGCCGUCAUGACCACAGAGAAUAUUGCAGGCGAAUUUCGAGUUGGCAAACCAUGGAAACCUGAGGUCAAUGGAAUUAGAGAGCCGUAUUUCGCCCCUACCGCUGAAGCUGUAGACAUUAUUUUCCAGCAUCACGCUAUUGACUCAAGCAUUGAGCACAUUCCCCAUGAUAUCAAUUUCACUACCGACCAUGAACCUCUUUUCCAUAUUGGCGACAAAGUCUAUACCAGGGCUGUUUCUGAUUCAUCCGAUGAUGAAACUGACCAAGAUGACACUUCCGAUGACGAUGAGGACGAGUUUGAGGAUGACGAAGCAUCAGUUGAAAAUGACGAGGCUGUUGAUACCGGUGAUGACGCCGAUCUUGCCGAUGAUGACAACGACAAAGAAUCGGAGGUUGACGAUGAGUCGACUGAACCUGAGCAAGCAUUUGAAAUUCUCGAGAUUCGCAAGGGCUAUGAGAUCUUCCAUCUACUAAAAUUCAGGUCCCAAGAAUUCGAGAAGCAAAGUGAUGAUAGAGAUCUCGACGCAGGAAGUGUUGAUUCCUCUGAAAGACAAUCCGAAAUUGAUUCAGAGGACGAAGACGAUUUCAUUUCUAAUCCUGAUUGGACAAGCAGAGGAAACGAGUGGUUUUAUCGUCUCGACAUGAGUGACAGUACCAAUGGACCAGUUCCUCUUGUGGCCUUCUGGCACGAAUCUCAACUCGAGUUUGCACCUCUGGCCACGGACGAUCUUUCUGAAUGUGAGAGCGACGGCGAGAUCUUGACAGACAUUCCCAUCAAUGAUGACAGCGACUCAGAGGACGGUGAUACUGCAAUGGACGAUGCUGUCGCUGAAUCUGACUCUCCCACUGGCCUUGCCGAUAUCCCUUCCGCUCAGGGCUCAGAUGUUGUUGUGAUUGACGAUGAUGAAGAGGUUGACAAGGCCAUCACUGACGAGACUUUGGAAGAAGUGAAGAAGGAGGCAGUGGCUGAUACAGGCAUUGCCGGUGCUGUACGACCAACCUAUCCUUCACUCCCAAACUUGAACUUGGACACCGAUGAGACCGAUACCCAAGGCAACAAUUCAGCCCACCCUGAAAUUGGAGAGAAGCGUCGCGCUGAGAACAAUAACUUUGAGGAGGAUGCCAAUCCACACAAUGCGAAACGCCGCCGCUUCUGGAAUUGGUGA